UGAGCGAAUAAAAUAAUAAUUUGCGCGGCUGAAACAUUGUGCGUUGGGCUGAGUUCAUUCAAGGUUUAAGACAAGGAGGAUUGUAUAAUAAUAAUUUUUUCGCCAUGGGUUUAAGAAAAGGGCAGACGGACGACCAAUUUGAUAACACAAUGAAGAAAGAACUGCUCAAAAAGAACGCCAAAGGAAAACAAAUCAAAAAAUACCUUUGCUGUGCCCUGUUCACUUUGGCAAUUGUAUUGCCGGUCAUAUUGUACAAAUUUGUAUUAGCGCCGCCACCAUUCGACGAAAUGGCUCCUUGUAUAUUUUGUGAAAUUGCGGGUGGCCGCUCCCCAAAUACUCAAAUCGAAGUGGAAACAGAUGAAUAUGUGAUAUUUAAAGAUAUAAAACCAGCAUCGACACAUCACUAUCUGGCGGUGCCGAAACGUCAUAUCGAAAGUCUCAAAGUAAUGACGAAAGAAGAUAUUCCAUUAGUCGAUCAUUUAGAAGAGGCGUUGAAACAAUUUUUUAAAUCGAAAGGUAUCGAUACCGAAGAUGCUCUUUUUGGCUUCCACAUGCCGCCUUUUAUAAGUGUCCGUCACUUGCAUAUGCAUGGAAUAGCACCGCGUUCCACCAUGAGUUGGAUGAAUAGUUUUGUGUUUAAGGCACACUCAGCUUGGUUCAAAUUGGUCGAAGAUGCCCGAAAGUAUUUAGAAAAUAAAUAAAAUCCAUAUUGGAUAUAAACAAUACUCCCUCCACGACAAAUAUAUUCAGGAUUACUAUCUUAUACAAACAAAAAGGGGCUCCUUUAGCAAUUCUUAUUUUGAUUGGUUUAUAUUAGUUCUAUAUAUUCAAAAAUUGGUGAUAGAUAUUAUAUUAAAUGAUGUGUGAAUUCUAGUUGUGUAUAUUUUUUAGUUAAUAUUUUUGUUUAUGUAAAUUUAUAAAUAUUUAAUUUUUUGUAUCAUUUUGUUUUGUUUGCAAAUAGGUAUUAUAUACUAA